UUGGAGUGAUGUCAGGGGAGGCUCAGUCACUGACCCCUGUACAAUGCUCCGCAGGAUCUGAGAGCAGACACCGGGCUCCUAUUGUUCUGAGGACACUGCCCACCCAGCACCGCAGCAGCCAGGAGAUGUCCGGCAAACGCUUGGUGUCAUCUGUCCAGAUCACCUUGGCUCCUCCAUGGAGAGCAGAACUAUCACAAAAGAAUCAGACCCCACCCCAGAAUACGCGAGCGGAGCAGAAGAGGCUGGAUCCUCCUCCUGUGCCCAACAUUACACCUCAUCAUAAUGACGCCUGGCCGGACCCCAAGGAUCUGCCCAACGGAGAUUUUCCAUCAUUUCCCACCACAUUCCUUGAUGAAAUCCCAAGCACAGAGGACUUGCUGAGUCCGGACCUCCCACCUCCGCCCCCACCUCCUCCAGUUCUGCUGCUGUCCCCUAAACGUGUCCCCCUAAAACCUUCUCCUGCUCCUAUCCCAGACUCUUUAAAUCUGGAACUACAGAAACUGGAACUCAGCCGACCUCCUCCUUCCCAGAAACAAGCGAUACCUCCAUUAUCCCAGUCUAUAAAGCCGCCUCUUGUGCCCCAUAACCAACAGAAGAGAGAGGAACUCACUCCAGGGAAACAGAGUGUAAAUGGCCACAGAGGGAAGCAGGAGGGCUCAGACAUUUGCGCCUUUUGCCAUAAAUCCAUCCAACCCAGUGUCCCCACCAUAGAAGCCAUGAAGAAGCAGUACCACGCCAACUGCUUCACCUGCCGGAAGUGUCACCGACUUCUGGCCGGGCAGAUGUACUACCAGAAAGAUGGACAGCCCAUAUGUGACCAUUGCUAUAAGGAAACGUUGGAGAAGUGCGCCAAGUGCCAGACGCUGAUCCUGCAGCACAUCGUCCGUGCGUUGGGUAAUGGAUACCACCCAGAAUGCUUCACGUGUGUGGUGUGUAACCGGCCAAUCGCAGAUGAGAGUUUUGCUGUGGAUGAGUAUAAUGACGUUCACUGCGCUGAGGAUUAUUACAGGAAAUAUGCUCCGAUAUGUGGUUUGUGUCAUCAACCCAUUAUACCGAAAAAUGGGCAGGAUUCUUAUAAGAUUGAGUGUAUGGGAAAUAACUACCAUGAAAACUGCUAUCGCUGUGAGAAAUGUCAAGUACUGCUUUCCUUGGAGCCAACAGAUAGCGGCUGCUUCCCCCUGAAUGGUUAUUUACUGUGCAAGUCCUGUCACCUGUCAGAGAAAAAAGAGGUGUCAUAACUAUGGGGGGGUGAUAUGAUGCUGAAUCAACCCAAUCCUGAUGUCACAGGCACCCGAACUUCACUAUUAUCACAUCCAAAUUCCCUAUAAUAAGAGCAAAAUCUGACAAUUGACACCAGGAAAAGCCAGGCUCACCCAGCACCCCAAGCUACGCAAUAGGAGGGGGCUCAAUGUGGCGCAUUUCCAAACCCUUCCUCCUGCCAGACAAAACAUUACAUAGAAUUCGGACGCCUUUUCCUUGCACCUUAAUAUAGACUGUGCUGAUUGUAUGGAGCGUCGUCUCCACAUGUAUCACCCGUGUCCGCACAUCCUGUACUUAUCAGUGAUAAAUUCAAUCACAACAGACCCGACUCAAUUAUUCCUUAUAUAAACCUGCGUUAUCACAUGGCUGGGGGGGCACAGCCUGUUCUGUUCUGGUAUCAGUCUGAUAACACGCUGCGCCAAACAUUCCUGACACGUGAGACAUGUGUCUAUGAUACUAAGGCUGCUGAAUCGCAUGAAUAAUUUACG